GACUUGUAAGGAACAACAUGUUGUGAUUUGUGAAGUCUUCUUUCUCUGCUUGCAAUAGCCACACGCACGCACGCACUCACACCUCUUAUAUAGUACCAGUAGUUUUGCGCCUGAAAACGAUUUCGAUUUUUGUAAUCAGAACCAGAAUUUUCCAGAUCUAAUCAAAGCGAAGAAGCGAAGAUGAAUAUUUUCAGAUUAGCUGGUGAUAUGACCCAUUUGGCCAGCGUCCUUGUUCUUCUUCUCAAGAUCCAUACCAUCAAAUCAUGCGCUGGUGUCUCAUUGAAAACUCAAGAACUCUAUGCACUUGUUUUCGCUGCUCGCUACUUAGAUAUCUUUACGAAUUACGUGUCUCUAUAUAAUACUGUUAUGAAGUUGAUAUUCUUGGGAAGCUCAUUUUCUAUUGUAUGGUACAUGAGGUACCACAAAAUUGUUCGCAGAUCAUAUGACAAAGAUCAGGACACCUUCCGUCACUAUUUUCUAGUAUUGCCCUGCUUAUUGUUGGCCCUACUUAUCAAUGAGAAAUUCACAUUUAAGGAGGUGAUGUGGACAUUUUCCCUGUAUUUGGAAGCCGUUGCCAUACUUCCUCAACUGGUACUGCUACAGAGAACUAGAAACAUUGACAAUUUGACAGGACAAUAUGUCUUUCUUCUCGGUGGGUACAGAGCACUAUACAUUCUCAACUGGGUCUAUCGCUACUUUACCGAGCCCCACUUUGUCCAUUGGAUAACAUGGGUUUCUGGGCUUGUUCAAACACUGCUAUAUGCUGACUUCUUCUACUACUAUUUCCAAAGUUGGAAGAACAACCAGAAGCUUCAUUUGCCAGCAUGAGUGUCAUUCUCCAUGCUCGAAAACCAGAGUGGUUCUCAUGUCAUGUGGAUUAUUAACAGUGAGCUGAGAAGAUCAAAAGUAUAUCUGUCUGGACAAUGGUUUCUGAUUUAUGAUUCCAUGUUUGUUCGUUUUUGCUCCCUCGAAUACUACUGUACUAAUGACUUGAAGAUUAUAGAUGAAAAAAACUUCAAUUGUUUGUGAUGGUAAUGAUGCAAUAUUGAUAUAUUCAAGUCGCAUUACAUGAAUCUAACACAUAUUCCACUUCUAUGGUAAAGUAAGUAGGUAAUUGUGGUGGAAGAUUCUAAAUAGGGAUAGAAUUGAUUGAAUGGUUUUCUUUUACCCUUAUUUAAAACUGCAUUUGGUUUUAUAGUUAAGAGAUAUUAAUAUUGUUUUCA